AUGCGUGCAAAGGAGUCUGUCGUAUCGUCUUCCCCUGCCGCCCGACUCUCUCCCCGCCGCUGCGAGAACGACCUCGAUGCGACAGAGACCAACACCGUGGUGCAGCGGUCACCCACCGCGGCCACCGAGGAGGGGCAGAGUGACAAGGGAGAGCAAGGUGGUGCGGGCGACGGGUGCGGUGGAGGUGCGGGUGGUGAGGGAGAGGGGCCUGACGUAGAUGUUGGUCCAGUCGAUGGCAGUGGGAGUGUGCAGAUUGUAUCGGUAGGGGAGGGAGGGAGGCGGGAAGCGAGGAGUGUGUGUAUGUGUGUGGUUGAGGCACCUGUGCUGUGUUGUGUGGUGUUGCGUUGUGUUGACGGUCAGGCCAUGGAGAGGCAGGAGGAAACCGCACCGCAACCCACUGCCGGACCGAAACAGACGACAGACGAGCGGUAAGACGCUGACGGGCUGAUCAGCUGCCGCGGGAGCACCUAUUCUGUGGGGCUUUCUUAUGUCGUGUUGUGUUGCAGUGGUUUUGUGCGGUUGACGGAUUUGCAGCAUGGCGUUGCAGCGGCCGGCGGAGAUGCGGUAGUGGACCGGCAGCCCGCAGACGGCAGUGGUUGUGAGGACGCUGAGCCGACCGGGGUUGCUGCAGUCGAGGAGGAGACCCGGCCGCCGGCCGUGUCAUCGCUGUCACGACGCCGAAAACUCAAUAUCACCCUGACAACGGACAUCGAGGACCUGCAGGAGGCCCGUCGCAUCGACCAGGGUCAGAGAGCUCAUUCCUCUGAGAGACCGUCCAUAGGAAGGCUGGCAGUGAUUGAUUGAGUGGGUGUGGUGCCCUGUUUGUCGGUCAGAGGUGAAUCCGUCCCGUAGCCCCGUGCAGCCAUGGGAUGAGACCGACCCCGUCGUCCCGAAGAUCAAGAAACACCUCGCGAGGUAGGUAGCUGGGGAAGUGGGUGGAUGGAUGGAUGGAUCGAUAGACACACACUCGCAUGGCUGUCUGCUCACAAUGUGUGCAGCAGCGUGAGGCCGGUGUUGACUGCGCAUGACAGCCCAGUGAACAGGCUGGGCACCCCCGGCAACCCCUUCCCCGCCACUGUGCUCAUUGGCAGCAUCACAGCAGCGAGAAAUCCAGAGGUCAGAGACCAUAGACGCCAUGAAAGACAGACGAAUGAUCGCACUGUCUGUCACGUGUUGUGUACGUUGGGCCUGCCUGUGUGCGUGUGCAGUUUGUGGUCAGUGCGAGUGUCAGCCUGAUCCUCAACCUAUGCGCUGAUGCCCAGGACAGCACAACACAGAGCCUCUCAGACGAUGACCUGCGAGCAGCACUGCGCGAGGCGGGCGGCACUCACAUGACCAUGGCCACGAUGCCCAAGCGCAUCAACAUCUACAGAUUCAGGGUACGGUACGCAUGGCAUAACAUGCACUGGAAAACAGACAUGCAUGAAUGUGUGCCUCUUGCGUGUGUGGUCAGGAUAAGGAGCUGUUCGGGCAGGGCGACAACCAGAUGUCGCCAAGUGAGGUCGGCCGCAUGUUCGACACCCAGUUCAAGGGGCUGCUGGAGGCGACCAAUGACCCCCGCCAGACCAUCCUCAUUCACUGCGCCAUGGGUGCGCAUGCACUCACUCGCCCACCCCACCCACUGAUCCACACAUGGCCAUGUGUGGACACGCGCGUAUGAUGACUCCCUCACUCAGGCAAGUCGAGGACGGGCCUCUUCGCUACGUGUCUGCUGGCCUGGUACAAGAAGGACGAGUACAUCCGGCGGCAGCACGACAUGCGAUCGAGGGGCGAGGACGGGGUCAAGGAGGUCUUCGAUAUGGCUCUCGAGGAGGUGUGUGGAUGGACACCCACUCGCCCACCCACCCACCCACUGGAUGGAUGGAUGGAUGGUGUUGUCACACAUGGCAUGCAGGCGCAGACGUAUCGGAAUGUCGCCCCCAGGUUGGGUUUCUGUCGCAUGGGCACCAUCUUCUGCAGGAUGAUGCGAGCCGGUUCACCACACCACACCACACCACACUGCACACACAGAGCCGGACUGGCAGACCAGAUUGUGUGGGUGUGCUUGGUGAAUGCAGGUAGUGAUGAGGUACCGCUGAUGGAGAAGGUCGUAGAGACACUGCUGAGGGAGGAGGACGGCACAGGUGCGACUGACACAAGAGGGACCUACCUGCGCACACUUGGCCUGUCUGGUCUCGUUUCGUUCCAUCAGGUUGGGGCAGCCCUACCAGCAGCAGCAGCCUGUCUGCAGGCGGGCUUGGCCACCUACCGCACCCACUCGAAACAACAGGUGCUGCAUACCGACAGACAGACAGACAAGGUCUAUGAGCCAGGAAAGACGCCCAUGUCCUGUUGUUGUGCAUUGUGGUAUCCAGAUGGCGAUGGCGAGGAGGAUGACAGUCCAGGACCGUCGCCCUCGCCCCCUGUGAGUCUCCCUGGCGCGCCCAAACGCCCCACCGGCAAGUCCAUGCUCCUCACUCUCGACUUCGACGACGAACAGCACUAGCAGACAGGUGCGACAGACACACACACACACCACAACACAACACACACCAAGAGAGACGUCAACACUGUCGUAUGUUCUUCCUAUAUCAGGUGGGUCUGCCGUGGCUGCCGGUGGGUCUACUUUCGUCGGUGGGAGCUUCCCCGGCGCGACCACAGGAGAGGAGGGCCAUCAGUCAUCAAGCCCCCGCUCACCUCUGCUGCUGCACGGCCAUAGUAGCGGCCUCGUGACGCUCCCUCCUCCACUAUUCUCGGCCAAUGACGGCCCUGCGGAUGGCCCCCAGCCUCCCUCGACACCGCCCCCGCCCCGCCCGACUGGCCCCAGCGGCAAGACGAAGAGCACUCUCCUUCAGGACAUGGACGAGUACCCGGCGCCGGCGGACGACCUAAGCGGCGUGGGAGCUGCUCGUGGCCAAGGGGAGGGGAAGGGCGAGCGUGGUCGAACGGGCAGCGGGGCGACGCUGUCGCCGGUGCGCCACUCGCCUGUGAAGGUCCACUUUUCGCCAGGCACUCUCACAGGUAGGUGCAAUGAGGAGUGGACAGCAGAGAUGGAUGGACUUUGGUGUGUCUAUGUCAAUGUGUGUGUAUGCAGUUGAGAGUAUUCCCCCGCCUCCCCGCCAGCUCGACGGCCAAGGUGAGGAAGGCAGGAAGGGAAGUGCACAUUGACAUCCGUACCACUCGUUCUGUGUGUUGUGGAGUCCUUUGUCAGUCACAGAGGAGUUGUCCGGCCCACCCGUCCCCCUCCCCAUCUCGCCUGCACACCUACCGUCCAAACACCGCCAAGAAACCCCCGAGCCCACUCACCCUCAUCCCGCCGCCAAUGACGAUAGUGCGCCGCAGCCAGCGAGCGGGCGACGAGGCGACGAUGGCGAAGGGGGCGGCGUCGUGGCACCGCUGAUUAGUGUGCCAGUGGAUGUGGCAGCGGCUUCCCUCAACCUGUCGAGUGGAACCGCUGGGCAGGACGGCGGCACGGCUGUCGAGUGCAAGGGGUCGUCGCAGAAGGAAGAGCCAUCUGCGUCGGGCACGGUGGUGGGGGACAGUGCGGGUGCGGGUGAUGCGAGUUGGGACAACAGCAAGGGGGACAAGGAGGACAAGAGUAGCAUGUCGCCACGGUGAGCGGGCUGGUUUUCAAAGAGCCAUGCAUGCCACGCUUUGUGUGAACGUCACGUGUGUGUCUCGUCAGGACGGGGUUGGGUUCCGAUUCUCUAGGUGUUGCUGAUGGUGCGGAUUCCACGGCCUAUGCUGACGUGAAGUUCGAAGUGUGUGAUGUGGCGGCGCCUGAGGACACCAACCUGUCUCUGACAGUCAGCCACGCGGCCCUUGGCGGUAUGAGGAGCACCGUCCCCCUGGCGUGGGACAACCAAUUGGGGUGGACCCGUGUCUUCCUCAUGUGCCCCAGCCCAUCCCUGCUCGUCAAGUUCCGGUACUGCAUGGUGAGCCAUGGGACGGUGGUGCAGCGGGACAGGGCGGGGCAGCGGGAGGUGACCAUCCAUCCAGGGAUGGUGAUCACGGUGCGGUGCACCUGGGGCAGGGAGGGCAUCAUCGUCAUUGACCGCACGGGUGGGUCGGGCAGGGAGGAGAGGUCCCUGCCUUGUCAUUCUUGUCGUGUCUCGUUCGCCUUGUCUGUCAGGCGCCGGCACCAACACCAGCAGCAGUGGCAGCGAGCCUGGACGUCGCCCCCAGCCAGCCACAAUGGACCACCACGACGGUACACGCCAAGACGCACAGAGCGACAGAGAGACAGACAGCGAAGCCCAUUGGCCAGUGGAUGUGUGUAUGUCCUGCUGAUGUGCAUUGUGGUCUCCAGAUGGUGGUGACUGUUACGACGAGGACAACUUCCCAGCGCCAUCGCCCCCGCCCCCAGUGCCGCGCCCUGCCGUCCCCAGGGGCGGCAAGGGCAAGUCCAUGCUCCUCGGUCCCGAAACUGACGACGAUGAGGACCAGGAGGCAGGUGCGACAGACACACACGCACACCACAACACACACCAAGAGAGACGUCAACACUGUCUUUCUUUUCUUUCUACAUCAGGUCCUGCUGUGGCUGCGGAUGGCCCCCAGCCUCCCACCACCCCGCCCCCGGCCCGCCCGACUGGGCCCAGCGGCAAGAAGAGGCCCGACCUCCUUCAGAAGAUGAAGGCGUAUGUCAGUGACGACUCGGUGGCGGCCGACCGAAGCGAUGGGCGAGCGGCUGGUGGCCAGGGGGAUGGCGAGGGGGAGGGUCGGCUCGGCGCAACGGGCAGCGGGGCGACUCUCUCCCCGGUGCGCCACUUGCCUGUACAGUUGCGGUUCUCGCCGGCCCGUCAGGGUGGUGCGUCUCUCUCAGGUGGGUGAGGUGGUGAAUGGAUGACAUCAGGGGUGCAGAUGGAACGGACAAGGCGCAUCUUCGUGCAUGCAGGAUUGCCCAUCCCGCCUCUGCCCGGCUUCAUCCAGCACGGCACCACACACAUCGAGCCUGGUGAGAGAGACAGCCGGGCGGCCUGCCACAGACAGCUACAUGUGUGCAUGGAUGUGUAUGCGUGUCUCACAGGGGCGGACAAGUCCGUGGAGGACCAUCCCGGGCUGCAGCGCGCGAGUCGGCCGACUCCCUCCACGGACUCUCGCUGGGGACCGCCAUCUCGCUUGGCCCCCAUUCCCUUCAAAUUAUUGGCACUGUCGCCCGCUCGUCGCAGCCCCCGGCACACACCAAAGGGCUCCACGACGCGAGAGGCCUUCACUCGCGGACCGACGGCACUUGGGAUGUUGCAGGGGGACAGCAGCGCAUCCCAGGAGGCCUACCUGCCUUCUCCCGCCCCCUCGAGUCCUUGCGGUGACGGCGCGGGGAAGCAGUGGAGGAACCGUGGUCAAGAGGACCGGCAGGAUGGCAUCGACUCACCACCCAUGGGUAGGUGGUGGGAGGGAAGCAAGGGAACGGUGUGUGUGUCGUCAAUCCACCUUGUGUCUCUCUCUCUCUGUGUGUGUGUGAUGUGUGUUGCGUCGAUCAGGUUUGGGGAGCACUGCUGCAGGGCAUCUCAGCAGUUCGCCGAGUGCUGCGGCAGCAUCCACUGGCCACCCGCAAGCGUCGCACACCCGGUCGGCAAUCGCCGCAGCCACCAGCAAUGGCCAGGAGGACCUUGUGGCGCUGCUCCAGGUGGAACUCCUAAAGCUGACAGAGGAAACAGCAGAGAAGGUGGGAGGGAUGGGAGGGGGGGAAGAAACACACCGCCGGCUGUAUACUCACGUGCACCGAUUGGUCACACGCCUCUGUUUGUUGCCUCUUUGAUGCGACCAGGAUGCACUCAUCGCGGCGCUGCAGGCCCAGUUGGGCGAGAUCACGGACAAGGCCGAACGGGUCAAUCUUGCCUACACUCUGCAGGUGCCAAGCAAGGAAGGAUGGAUGGAUGGAUGUGCUGCUGCCUACUACGUGGGUUGAUAAAUGGACGUUGAUGGUGUGUCAGGUUCGGCGCAGCACGGCCUUGAGCCAGCGCGUGGAGCAGGGGAGGGAGUAUGAGCGCAUGGUCCAUAGGCUCACGCAGCAGCUGCAGGAGAAGGACGAUGACGUACCCACCCCACACGUCACGCACCGCACCGACACACACCCCGUCACAUGCAUCCUCCCUAUGCUAUGCACCUCCAUGCACUCAGAUUGAGCGCCUGAAGACUCGUCUCGAGGAGACCGACCAGCAUCUGACGCGUCAGGCACAGCGGGUGAGCGAGAGGACGUCCGUCCGUCAGUCAGUCAGCAGCCGGAUGCAUUCACCGACGCACGUGUGUGUGUGUGUGUGUGUGUAUGGUUGGUCGGUCGGUGCAGGUGUGUGAGGAGGAGCGGCAGGAAUCGACGCAGCUGCGAAAGCAGGUGGAAGUCAUGGAAGCAAAGGUGCGCGAAAGCUGGCAGACAGACAGGGUCAUUCAGGCACUGAUUGAUGUGUCGAUGGCCCAUGCACUCAGAUGGCCCAGCUGGAGCACGACCUGAGAGAGAAGGUGAGUGACCUGUGGCGUGAUGUGUGUGACACCAAGCCACAUCCAUCCAUCCAUCCAUCUGUUCUGUCUCUGUGUGUGUUUGUCAGGUGGCAAAAGAGGCCGAGCUGUUGAAGAAAAUGGAGCGUCUGAACAAGGACUAG